UUUUGUUCAGUUUUGUUUUCGGAGAGCGCGCGCGAGGCGGUCGUAGAGACCUGGGAGGAAGAUGUCAAACGUGCGAGUGUCUAACGGGAGCCCGAGCUUGGAGCGGAUGGACGCCAGACAGGCGGAGUACCCCAAGCCCUCCGCCUGCAGGAACCUCUUCGGCCCGGUCAACCACGAAGAGUUGACCCGGGACUUGGAGAAGCACUGCAGAGACAUGGAAGAGGCAAGCCAGCGCAAGUGGAAUUUUGAUUUCCAGAAUCACAAGCCCCUGGAGGGCAAAUACGAGUGGCAAGAGGUGGAAAAGGGCAGCUUGCCCGAGUUCUACUACAGACCCCCGCGGCCACCCAAAGGCGCCUGCAAGGUGCCGGCGCAGGAGAGCCAGGAUGUCAGCGGGAACCGCCAGGCGGUGCCUUUAAUUGGGUCUCAGGCAAACACAGAGGACACACAUUUGGUAGACCAAAAGACUGAUACAUCGGACAACCAGACGGGGUUAGCGGAGCAGUGCCCUGGGAUAAGGAAGCGACCUGCUACAGAUGAUUCCUCUCCUCAAAACAAAAGAGCCAACAGAACAGAAGAAAAUGUCUCAGACGGUUCCCCGAACGCGGGUUCAGUGGAGCAGACGCCCAAGAAGCCUGGCCUGAGAAGACGUCAAACGUAAACUCAUCGAAUUAAGAGCACGUUUCCUUGUUUAUCAGAUACAUCACUGCUUGGUGAAGCAAGGAAGAUAUAAAUUAAAAAUUUUAAAUACAUAUCGCUGACUCCAUGGAGUGGACAUCCUGUAUAAGCACUGAAAAGCAACAACACAAUAACACUAAAAUUUUAGGCACUCUUAAAUGAUCUGCCUCUAAAAGCAUUGGAUGUAGCAUUGUGCAAUUAGGUUUUUCCUUAUUUGCUUCAUUGUACUACCUGUGUAUAUAGUUUUUACCUUUUAUGUAGCACAUAAACUUU